GAGGGCGUUGUUUCUCCAUCAGCUGGUCUCGGUUGAAUGACGACAGGGAGCCUUUUCUGUGUUUCUGCACUGUAUCCAGGAAGUGAUUUUAAACAGCCACCCGAUCGCACAGAUUGUAUUUCAGGUGCAGGACAGCCGGUGUCAAAACAUGAUCAGGAAAGAGACACUAACGUCGUGUAAAACUCGGCAAACCGGGUCGACAAAUUCACCACAAGACCGACAGCAAACAGAACAACUGCUAACACGACGAGCGCUCCGCCGGUAUUGCGCAUCGAGGCUUAGCUGCACACAGUAAGCUACUCUGUAGCACGCAGCAGCGGCAGAGAAGUUUAGAGUUGCAUUGCUAUAAUUAAAAGCAUCGACCUAGCACUGUUGCUAUACAGUGGCCACCUCGCUUUAAAAUAACAAUUUGAUUAAAUGUGCGUAAUGUUUUAUUUUGGACACGCUCCGAAGCAAGCAUGUAAAUAUGCUCUCGUUGUGGAUGAAGUGUGCCAGGGUGCGCGGUAGGCACUAGUGCAGAAGGGUGAUAUGCCCCCAGUGUUUGACCCGUACAGCAGUAGCGCUGAAGAGGGACUCGGGAUGAACGGUUGGCUACGGAGAGUGGGCAUUGUCGCUGCUCAUAUUAUUUCUUUGGCAUUGACCAUAUUCAUAACGCUACUGUCCCGACCUGGAACAAGUCUCUUCUCUUGGCAUCCUGUGUGCAUGUCUGUUGGAUUCAGCCUCUGCAUGACGGAAGGUGUGCUGCUCUUCUCCAGCGAGGGCUCCCCGUUCUGCUUCCAGUCUAGGAAGGGCAGGGUCCGGCUGCACUGGGUUCUGCAGGCCCUGGUGGUGAUCGCUGGAGGGACCGGGCUGGCUUUCAUCGUGGCCAGCAAGAACGUUUCCGAGCGGCCUCACCUGACCUCCUGGCACGGCCUCCUGGGCAUGGCCACGCUGGUGGCCACGGGCUGCCAGGCGCUGUGUGGCGUCUGCCUGCUCUUCCCCAAGUGGGUGAAUUCCGUGGCCCGGCUCCGGCUGUACCACGCCACCUGCGGGCUGGUCACCUACCUGCUGGCCUCGGCCACGCUCGCCCUGGCCAUGUGCUCAGACUGGUUCCAGGGCACUAUCAAAGGGGUGCUCUGGUACGUGUGUGUGCUGCUGCCGCUGCUCCCAGCGCUGGUGGUUAUGAACCAGGUCACCAACUCCUACUUGCCUACCUAUCAUAGAAGGAUGUCCCGGUCUGAGUCUGGCAAUGUGUAGAGUGCGCUUUUCUACUGUUCCUAAGCGUGUGGCACUGGUGGCUAUGCGUGUGUUUAUGUGUGUUUAUUAUUUAUUGAACCGGAACUGCUGAAACCUGCUGCAGACGGACCCCUCCUCUGAAACGAAUUGAAUUCAGCGACUCUCUUCGGACCAGGUUCCUCCUUCCCCGGGCUGUAAUGUGUCCGAUUCAGGGAAGCAGAGUGUGGCACAGCCGCUGUGCCAGCGUCUCGGGUGCGGCCGGUGGAUGGAAUUCAAGAUCAUUCAGUGGAGUGUGAUCAGGCUGUUGGACUCGGCUUGCUGUUUCUCCCUGGCACGCUAACACAAGGUGUGGCUGUAGAUGUCAGUAAAGCAAUGCUCCUUCGCUAUUGUGAAUCCUCCCUGAAAUGGAGAUCACAGACAAUGUGUGACAAAACCAAAUGAAAAGCAGGUGGUGAUUGUUGCUUUAAGCAGUGUCAUGCUGUACCUGGUUAAGGAAACUGCUAAAACUGGUUUUACUAGAAACCAAGCUGUUUGAAAACCAGAGCUUUGUUAAAAGCAAAGUGGUGUUUUACAAUAAGAAAGAACCAGAAUAAGAAGUGAUUGUCUUGCCACUGUAAACAGGGUGUGUUUUGUGUUUGUUUGUAUCUUGUCGUGUGUGUUUUGUGUUUGUUUUUAGCUUGUGUGUUUUAUUUGUGUUGAAAGCCACCGCUGGGAUUCCAGCAGCAGUCACAUCACACAGUCGGUCUCUAGUCUUGUAAAGGGAAUGCAGUGCAGGUUGAACAUCCAGCACUCAUGGAAAACCCAGUCCACCUCAGUUGCCGUCAUUGAUGUGUUUGAGGAAAUGUCUCUCAAUGGCUGUGCAGCUGGGGACCAGGCAACUUUUAAAAUGUUUUUCUACUGAGUCUAAUACCCUGUGUGUGCGUGAAUCGUAUGGAAACAGCGUGGAAGGCUGCUAAGACGGUGUGUGUGCUCUGCCUGUAGAUGAAGCAGGAAAGCCUUCAUUGUGCAAUCUGCUGUAGCGUGUAUCAUCUGAAACAAGGCGUUGUUGUUCUCUUGCUGCGGAGCAGAUAGAUUCACGCGGCUUUCUUCACGUCUCGUGGGUUCUGUCUGUUGAGUUUGGGGCUUGCUUUGUACUAUAGUUUGAACAUGUGUCUAUCUUGUCAUCAGACCCAGUGCAAGUGAAACUACAUUGGAUGUGCUGUAUUGAAUAAAAGGCUGUCUGUCUGUGAAA